AUGCUGUUGACUCUUGCGUUAUUAGGAGUGUUCCUAUUACUGCUGUAUUUUUUAGUUAAGUAUUUGUAUGAAGAUGAAGAAUUUGAUAAGAUUCCAGGACCAAAAGGAACAUUUUUAAUCGAAAACGGCUUGGACUUUUUUCAGGAUUUUGCUCAACUGUUUGUAUACUUUCGCAAUUUAGCAAAUAAAUACAAGGAUUUAUAUAAAUUAAAAUUAUUUAAUUUCAAGUUUGUCCUGAUAUAUAACCCUGAGGAUGUUGAGGUGAUUUUAACAAAUACAAAAUACAAUGACAAAGGUUUCAUGUAUUUCUUCCUGCGGCCUUGGUUGAACGAUGGGCUUCUCGUUAGCAAAGGAUCUAAAUGGCAUCACCGAAGAAAAAUACUGACUCCUGCGUUUCAUUUUAAUAUAUUGCGCCACUUCAGCUCUAUGUUGAUCGAAAACAGCGAAAGGUUGGUGGAAAACCUUCAGUCGGAGACGAAAAAGUCAAAAACGAAGAUUUAUUCCUUUAUAGCGAAUAUGACAUUGAAUUCAAUAUGUGAAACUGCAAUGGGUACAGCUUUAGAUAAAGAAGCGGCGGAUAUCGGAACCAAAUAUAAAGAUGCUAUUCAUACUCUUGGGUCAUACUUAUUUUAUAGAGGACAGCGGUUUUGGCUUUAUCCGACGAUAUUUUUCAAUUUAAGCAUCGUUGGGCGGAAACAAAAAACACUGUUAAAAGAGAUUGGAUCAUUUCGUGAUCAUGUAAUUAAUCAAAGACGAAAAAGUGGCAGUUACAAAAAUUUGUACCAAGAGGUUAUGAAUGAGCAAGAGAAUGAUUACUAUUUAUUAGGUGGAAAGAAACGUUUGGCGAUGUUGGAUCUGUUACUAGAGACAGAGGAACAAGGGAAAAUAGAUGUUGAGGGUAUCAAUGAGGAAGUUGACACGUUUAUGUUUGAGGGACACGAUACAACGGCGACGGCUCUUCAGUUUGCUUUCAUGGAGCUCGCUAACAAUCCAGAAAUACAAGACAAAGUAUUCGAAGAGUGCCAACAAAUUUUCGGCACAUCUGGUCGGAAGCCUACGAUGAACGACCUGGCGGAGAUGAAGUAUAUAGAGUGUUGCAUCAAAGAGACGCUGAGGCUGUAUCCGUCGGUGUACUUCAUUAUUAGAAGUUGCAAGCAAGAAUUACAAUUGAAAAACUACAAAUGCCCGGCUGGAACGGAUUGUUCUAUUCUUAUCUUUGAUUUACAUAGAAGUAAAGAUCAGUUUUCCGAGCCACUCCGGUUUCGGCCGGAGAGGUUUCAGAGAGCACCCACGUGGCAUCCUUUUGCAUACAUACCAUUCAGCGCUGGACCUCGAAACUGUAUAGGUCAAAAGUUUGCUAUGAUGGAAAUGAAGAUGGUUAUAGCUGCUGUAGUUCGUGAAUACCGUUUGCUACCCAUUACUAAGCCGAAGGACGUCGUCUUCACUGCCGACAUCAUCUUAAGACCAAUCGAUCCUAUAUAUGUAAAAUUUGAAAAACGAUAGUAAAAAUAUCUAUA